UGCUCUGCGUCUUGGGGAUCUGCCCCCUGGUGCGCUGCGGUCAGGCAGGAGACGCCUCACGGAGGGAGCUGGAGAGGGGGGACGAAAACCGCUUCCUGGAGCGCCAGAGCAUCGUGCCACUGCGUCUCAUCUACCGCUUGGGCGGCGAGGACGAAACUUGGCACGACCGGCUCAACACGCGGGUGCGGGGCGACCUUGGUGGCCAGCAGCUGACUCAUGUGGACAAGACAAGCUUCCAGGUGGAUGCCUUUGGAACAUCAUUCAUUCUGGAUGUCCGGCUAAACCAUGAGUUGCUGUCCUCUGGUUAUGUAGAGAGACACAUUGAACAUGGAGGCAAGGCUGUGGAAAGCAAAGGAGGAGAACACUGUUACUACCAGGGCCAGAUCCGAGGAAACCCCGCCUCAUUUGUUGCCCUGUCAACCUGCCAUGGACUCCAUGGGAUGUUCUAUGAUGGGAACCACACAUAUCUCAUUGAGCCAGAAGAAAAUGAGACCUCCCAAGGGGAGUCUCAUUUUCACUCGGUUUACAGAUCCAGACUCUUUGAAUUUCCCUCGGAUGACCUUCCCACUGAGUUUCAACGAGUCAAUGUUACUCCACCAAAAUUUAUCUUGAAGCCAAGACUAAAGCGGAGUAAACGGCAGCUUCUUCGACUUCCCCGUAAUGUAGAGGAGGAAACUAAAUACAUCGAACUGAUGAUUGUGAAUGAUCAUAUCAUGUUUAAAAAGCAUCGGCUUUCCGUUGUACAUACAAAUACCUAUGCAAAGUCUGUGGUGAACAUGGCAGAUAUGAUCUAUAAAGACCAACUUAAGACUAGGAUAGUGUUGGUUGCCAUGGAAACCUGGGCUGCUGACAACAAAUUCGCCAUUUCUGAGAACCCACUGAUCACCCUGCGUGAGUUCAUGAAAUACAGGAGGGAUUUUAUCAAAGAGAAGAGUGACGCGGUCCAUCUUUUCUCGGGAAGUCAAUUUGAGAGUAGCCGGAGCGGCGCAGCUUACAUUGGUGGGAUUUGCUCGCUGCUGAGAGGAGGAGGCGUGAAUGAAUUUGGAAAAACCGAUUUGAUGGCAGUUACACUUGCUCAGUCGUUAGCCCACAACAUUGGUAUAAUCUCUGACAAGAGGAAAUUAGCAAGUGGCGAGUGCAAAUGUGAGGAUACGUGGUCGGGAUGUGUGAUGGGAGACACCGGCUAUUAUCUCCCCAAAAAGUUCACUCAGUGCAAUAUUGAGGAGUAUCAUGACUUCCUGAAUAGUGGUGGUGGUGCCUGCCUGUUCAACAAGCCUUCUAAGCUUCUCGAUCCUCCCGAGUGUGGCAAUGGCUUCAUUGAAACUGGAGAAGAGUGUGAUUGUGGCACUACUGCAGAAUGCGCCCUUGAAGGAGCCGAGUGUUGUAAGAAGUGCACCUUGACUCAGGACUCUCAGUGCAGUGAUGGCCUCUGUUGUAAGAAGUGCAAGUUUCAGCCUCUGGGGACUGUGUGCCGAGAGGCAGUCAACGAUUGUGAUAUUCGUGAAAUCUGUUCAGGAAAUUCAAGCCAGUGUGCCCCUAAUGUGCAUAAAAUGGAUGGAUAUUCCUGUGAUGGUACUCAGGGAAUUUGCUUUGGAGGAAGGUGUAAAACCAGAGACAGACAAUGCAAAUACAUCUGGGGACAAAAGGUAACAGCAUCUGACAAAUACUGCUACGAGAAGCUGAACAUCGAGGGGACUGAGAAGGGUAACUGUGGAAAAGAUAAAGACACGUGGAUACAGUGCAACAAACGGGAUGUGCUUUGUGGUUACCUUUUAUGCACCAACAUUGGCAAUAUCCCAAGGCUUGGAGAACUUGACGGUGAAAUCACAUCUACAUUAGUUGUACAGCAGGGAAGAACAUUGAACUGCAGUGGUGGGCAUGUCAAGCUUGAAGAAGAUGUUGACCUUGGCUAUGUGGAAGAUGGAACACCCUGUGGCCCUCAAAUGAUGUGUUUGGAACAUAGGUGUCUUUCUGUGGCUUCCUUCAAUUUCAGCACUUGCUUGAACAGUAAAGCAGGCACUGUUUGUUCAGGAAACGGAGUUUGCAGUAAUGAGCUCAAAUGUGUGUGCAACAGGCACUGGACAGGUGCCGACUGCAGUAUACACUCUCCUCACAAUGAUGAUGCAAAGGCUGGCAUCACCCUAUCUGGCAACGGUGUUGCUGGCACUAAUAUCAUAAUAGGAAUAAUUGCUGGCACCAUUUUAGUGCUGGCCCUCAUAUUAGGAAUAACUGCCUGGGGUUAUAAGAACUAUCGAGAACAGAGACAGUUACCCCAGGGAGAUUAUGUUAAAAAGUCUGGAGAUGGCGACUCUUUUUAUAGCGACAUCCCUCCCGGAGUCAGCACAAACUCAGCAUCUAGUUCUAAGAAGAGGUCUGCUUUUCUGUCGCAUUUUCAGAUUUCCACCUGCUCCAUCACACAUUAUUCCAUUAGUCAGAACAUUUCAUUAUUUUGCAGCAGGUCAAAUGGGCUCUCUCAUUCCUGGAGUGAAAGGAUUCCAGACACAAAACAUAUUUCCGACAUCUGUGAAAAUGGGAGACCUCGAAGUAACUCCUGGCAAGGUAACCUUGGAGGCAACAAAAAGAAAAUCAGAGGCAAAAGAUUUAGACCUCGAUCUAAUUCAACUGAGAGGGAGCCCCAAGCUCCUGAGCCUGGGCACUCCCUCGCCCAGACAAUCCUAUCCCAAGGCAUAAGUCCAGGGGGCUCUGACAGCCCCCAGACAGGGAGUCUGGAUCACAGGUAUUUAAACCCAUGGUUCAAAAGAGACUAUAAUGUAGCUAAGUGGGUAGAAGAUGUGAAUAAAAACACAGAAGGACCAUACUUUAGCUCCCAAGAUGGCCAACAUCAGGAAGACAGGACCCUGUCUCCUGCCAAGUCUCCUUCUUCAUCAACUGGGUCUAUUGCCUCCAGCAGAAAAUACCCAUACCCGAUGCCUCCACUUCCUGAUGAGGAGAAGACAGUGAACCGACAGAGUGCCAGGCUAUGGGAGACAUCCAUUUAAGAACAACUGUUUACAUGUGUCACAUCGAAACUGUUUACUUCAACUUUUAUAGAAACCCAGCCACCCAGAAAUCACUGCGAAUCUAUCUGUUCUUCACACGAUUUGAAGGCGCUCUGAGAUGCCAGAGGAGAGGAAGCCAUGGGUCAUGCCUGGAUGCUGUUUUCUUCUUGUCAUUGGCUUAAAGUUUAACCAAACAGUAAAAAGACCUACUGGAAUUUUACACUACAACAUGGAACCAUUUAUGGUCUGGUAUUGGUAUGUGAAUGGAUAAUCCGCAUGGCAGACAUCUGUAGAAUAUCAAUAAAACUAAACUCACAUGACCCAAAUGUAGUAGGUUUUCCUGAGGGACAGAAGUGGAUUCAGAACUGGGCAUUCUGAAACAUAUCCUCAUUGCAAACAAUAACGCCAUAUGCAUGAAGCUUCUGUGCAUUGCUUUCCAUAUACAAGGAAACAACAUGCCAUAAUAGACACUAGCAUGCAGGGCUGAGGCAUACAGAUUGCAGGACUGCACAGCUUCGAGAGGCCAAUACCCAUAUGCUAACUUUAAACAUGUAUUUUUAUUUUUUUUUACUUUUCAUAUUUAUAUUAGCAUACAAGGACAACUGUACAUAUGUAAACCUUUUUAAAUUUAAAAAGGAACUGUUACAUAUAAGUGUAUUUUGCCAAAUGCCUAAAAACAGUCAGUCACAAUUCUCUCAUUGUCCUUCAUCCUGUGGUCUUGAGAGUGGAAGUGGAUGAUGUUGUAAAUAGAGUGGUCGAUGCUGUAAGAGCAUCUUUCCAUAACUGGCAGUCAUCUAAACCAUGUGAUUUCCCUUUAAAGUGUGUACAGUGUGGAGGAGGUUUUGUUGCGUAAGAGAUCAAAGUGCUCAGACAAGCAUCUGGCCUCUGCAUCUUGCUGAAGGUGGGAUCUCUAUAUGUGGUGGCCAUGCAGCAUCAGGACAUGCUGGAGCUGACAGACUCUCUGGGAAUCUGCCAGCCUUCUCUUCCACAUCUAAGACACAUGGUGCCCGUCACAGUAGCCGUUCUCACUCGGUACCUGGAGGCCAUGGAGUGCCCUCCCCUCCAGAAAGUGUCUUGCUGAGAUUGAGCAGAUGCACCAAAGACACAGACCACUGAGUGGGCAGCUCCCAUCUGACCAGUACCUGAGCCCUUUCUGGCCUGAAGUUUGGGCUCCUUAACAAAACCCUUACAACCAUUCUUAUCUGUGAAAGGGGUGGCCUGUUUCCACAACUUUAAUGCAUUUAACAUCACUGGGAUGUAAGUCCCAGUAGGUCAUUCUGGAUGACUUUGAACAAGAUGGUGUCUAGAAGACUCAACAGGGCAUAAAAGAUCAAUAAAGUCUAAGGCUACAUAGAUGCAGUACCUACAAAGGUCACUAUUAGCCUUCAGGGGAAAGAACCAAAGGUUUUGAGCUGUAUACAGUUUGAUCCAUUGAAAAAUGAUAUUUUAUGUGAAAUCUUGUUAUUUAAAAUGAAAAAUUAAUAGCUGUUCUAAUGCAAUUUUAUCACUCAAAAAGAAAGACACUCUAGUGAGAUCUGAAACUCAUAGGGUCAAUCAUAUGAUCUGCUGUGCAGUAUACUCCUGCCCCGCCCCUUUCCUUACUGUUUUAUGUGAGGGAUGGAGUCAUCAGACAAGACAUCAGAAAUGUACUCUACAUUUGAUUUCUCCCACAAGUGUCCAGGGUCGGUUUGUUUCAUCUCUGUGUAGAAUUGUCUAAGAUGUCCCAGCUGAAGGGCCAGACUGGAAGGCAGGGGUGUACUCAGUUUAUGUCUUUUGUAAUGGUCCAUUCUCCCCAAACACCUGGAAGAUGCUGGGAAAUCCAUUUAAUUUAGACAAAAUCAUACAGGAAAAACAGUUUACCAUAACAGGAAAGGCUAGAGCUUGCUGAUGGCUCAAUAAAACAAUCUUAGACAAAGGCAUGGAUGAGUGGAGCAACGUCUCCAUAUAGCUCAAGGCAAGGACAGAAGGGCAGAGAGGUGACCAAUAGAAAGAUGUAGCAAAUGAAGUGGCCUUUGAACAAGAUCACUUCAAAUGUGCACUGAAUGUUUUCUGGUACUGAGUAUAUAAAGUGCUAGUGUAAAAUAAGGUUUAUUUUGACUACAAGAAAAGAGUUUAUAGCUUUGACUGAAAGGUGCCUCAUGUAAAUACGCUUGGUAGUUAGAGUUACUUACAUAAGCCCUGGUUUGGAAGAAUUCACAAGUGGCUAGCUGGUGAACUGAUUAUCUGUCUCCCUGCAUGUCUUUCCUCAUCAAUUAUUUUUCCUGAAGUUAUCAUUGAAAAAUCACUGUCAUUGUCACGUGCCUUUUGGGAGAGACAGUUGCUCUCGUUUGCAGACUGAUUUUAGAAACACAAGAGCUUUAAUGUUCUCGUAGGGUAUGUAUCACCCAUGUUUAAGCAUUCUUAGAAUUGUUUUUGGAACCAACAGACUUUAGUGUUGAUGGUUAGCUUCAAGAUGUAUCGGUAGACUUACCGGUGUUAGUGAUGUAGAUCAUUCAUCUUAACUACGUAUGACUUCAUUCGCUGAGGUAGAUAGAAUAGACUCAUGGAAUCAAGUACAAGCACAGUGAUUUUUUUCUCUCUUAAAUGUCUAUUUUGAGAGGAACUUUGAAGCUCCAUAGUGGUUUGAGUGGUGCAACUAAUAUUCAUACUUCCCAGUCUACUGUGGGAUCAUUACUAUGCCGUUUCUCUUUCUCUUGGCAUCAGUACGACUGCAGAAAGCCCAAAUGCCUGAGAUGUUCCAUUCAAUAGCUCAUUUCAUUCCCAUGUAAAGGAAUGUUUAAGUCUUUCCACAGUGUGACCUGGGAGGCCUGAAGUAACAGAGAGGCCUUAAGGAACAGACUGGCCAGACCAACUCUUCCUGGCCAACUGUUCUUAGGUGGGAAACCUUCCUCUAGAGUCAGCGGGAUACAGAACGGCCCCAGUCACAUGCAUUCUGCAGAAAGCAGGAGAUGGGUGGUGCUUAGAUGGUGCAGCAUGGUGAUUCUCACUGUUGUGUAGUGGUUGGAUAUAAAGAACAAAAAGCACAUGUCUCAGCCUCUCACUUAGAUGCUAAAUGAGGAACAGCCCAUCUUUAGGUUCCUUAACAGAAGCAUUGUCUGGGGAUGAGAUACCUUCUGAGCAGUGCAACCUGGGCAUCUCAUUUCAUUAUACAGUUUCUUUUCCUUGUUGUUUUACAAGGCUUUUAAAAUAGUGUUUGUACAGAAGGUCAGUGCAAUAUAGAAUUUAUGUAUGAAAGAUUGAUGGUAUCUAAUAGAAGCCCCAGUGAUGAUAACACCACACAUUCCCUGCCCUCCCAGGGUGUGGGUGGGAGGCUGCUGUGUGUUCCAGAACAGGUCCACCUGCCUUUCUUCUGGUAUCACCUUGCAUAUCUACACUUCAUCCUGCCCAUGGCCCUAUGCCUUCUGUAGCUAUGUUACCUGUUGCCCUUUGUGUUUUUGUUCUUUGGUUUUUAUGGUUAUCUUUGAACCCGGCCAAGUGUGGUAUUUGUGCUCUUCUUGCAGGGCUUUAGAGUCAAGUUUGUUCAUUUAUUCACUUCACCCUGUCAUUUGCUAUUGUCAUAUGAAAUUUAAUCGACAGUUGUGAAAAUUGGCUCAGGCAGCAGCCCAUCUGCCUGUAUGAGCAGCAUGCUGUUAAAAUGUCCCUGCUGGUCACUAUUGGCACUUGCUGACAGCAUAUGCUCUGUGGAGCAGGCAUUUUCAGCUCUUAGAGUUUUCCUACCACCCCUGCAGGUGCAGAACAAAAUUGCCGCCCCCCCCAGACUUGGAAAGCAGAAGUAGUUAUUUCCAAUCCUGUUUUGGUCAUGGUUUUGUCAGUCCUCAACAUGGAGCAUCUAAAGUCAGUAAACAUAAAAUCAAAACCAUUGUUCGUUGCAUUUGUGCCCUUUGUAUCCCUGGCCUUAGAAAACAGUAUCAUUACUAUGGGAUCUGAUGGCUGCAUUUAGGACCUUCCUACUUCCAAAUUGUCUGAGCAGGACUUUCCCUCGUGAUUAGCAACGCCCCCUAGCAUGCAGGCUAGUGCCUUCUUUGGGUAAAAUAGAAACUGGGAGAACCACAGGAUUAGGACUAGGGAAGGUCGUCUUUCAUUUUCUUUUAACAUGCUGGUUUGAUUGUGCACCUUGGAAAGUCACUAAGAAAUGGAUCUCAGGGUCUAAAUCUCAGGAAGGGAAUAAGCAACAGAGAGUUUGGGAAGAUCCUGGGUCAUUUAGUCCCAGCACAGGCCCACAGUGCACAUCCUCGUGAAGCAGGCAGAAGCGAUCAAGAUUGUCACUGGCCACGCUGAAGGGACGCAGAGGGCGCCAGCAGCAGACUGUGCGCUUCGCAGUUUUCUGGAGUUUUAGUUUUCUACAGAUUUUCCUGUCCAGUGCUGUGUCCCUGUUGCACUGUUCACUGACCUGCAUCGUGCUGGAAGGGGCUUCGGGAGUGGUAGGAGUGUUGAUCACAGGCAUCCAUGGAAUCAAAUCCCAACAAAAUGUAUUUUAUUCUGUUUCCUUUUACAAAAAGGCACACAGUGAGAUGAAGCAAUCUUAAGUCAGUAUACACAAUGGCCAUCAGUUCUGUUUGUGAACAAAGGUUCGUUUCCCUGAAUGUAUGAAGAUGCAUGUACGUGUAUUCUGCAUUCAGCUUAUAUUUCAGGACAUGAUCUGUUCUGAUAGUUGAGUUUUAAAAUAAUGCAAAUAGCCCAAAUCUUUAAAUAUAGCGGUGCUACGUUUUAUCAGAUAACACAACACAGAACGUGCUGAAAUGAAUCCAGACACUUAGGAGGAACAAAAAGGGUUCCUGUUAAAUUACACACUUGUAUCACUGCCUAAUUUGAAAACCCACUUUUCCUUUCUAAUCCAGCACAAUAUCAAACUGCAACUCUGCAGCUCCUCUUUUAAUGGGCACAAAUAACCCAACACCUUUUUUUGUUGUUGUUUUGUUUUUAAUGGAAAACUUUUUUUUUUUUAACACUAACUGCAAAGUGCUUAGCAAAAGGUUCCUUCAGGAUACAGAGCAUUUUUUUUUUCAACUUGUUGGAAGACUUGCCCCCAAACUAGCAUUUCCAAAUGACAAUUUCCAGAAAUGGCUCAUUUCGCCUAACCAAAGCAGCUCAUGUUAGUUGGCUUUAGGUCUCUGCCAGUGCUUCCCAUAUUCAUAGCCUCCGAGGGUGGCACCCAUCUAAGAUAACAGAGGCCACCCCAUGGGGAUGUGUUGAGAGCAUCAGUGUGGUUCACUUGGACUAACCAGGUACUCGUGUGUGUGUGUGUGUGUGUGUGUGUGUGUGUGUGUAUACUUAGAUUCACAUCAUUCAAGCCUCCUCUCUGCUACUCCGCACGCACUUCCGGUUCUUAUGCUAUUUUAAAACUCCUGGGUUUUGGCAAACGCCAACAGAAAUGUAAAUGGUGAUUGCCUUCCUAAGCAAGUGUGGUUUGUUUUAUGGCCGUUCAAGUUAUAAAGUUGUUCUCAUAUUGUAGGUAAACAAAAUCUUGCUGUUUUUAAAGGUCACUGUAAUUGGAGAUUUAACUUUCUGGCACAAUUUUAUUAGUGUUCACUUCUGAAGCUAAUAAUAUAUCAGAGUUUUCUAUGUUACUCUCAUUGUAACAUCAAUAAAGUGACUUUCAAUAAAAGAUUUAUGUUAUUUUGA